GGUUUGCGUUUAUCGGUUAAACGGUCCUCAAAAGUCAAAACCCAGCCGAAGAGAACUCCGACGUGAGUCUUCUCUUCUCUGUUCGCUGAAGGCUAAACGGCAACCAAGCCACGCCUGCUUAUCAAAUAUCAAGUACCGAGCGGAGCGGCACCCAUGUUUAGCCUUGUUCUUCUUCAAUCCUCCACUUCCCCUUUUCAACUACCACCUACUUCACACUCCACAUAUUUUGCUCAACCCAAUGCCGCCCAACCAUUUCUACGCUUUUCAUUUCCAAUUCGAACUCAUUUUCAACUAAACCCAUGUUCUCAUAUUACCAACGCAAGCAACACCCGGAGAUCAGAAACCAAGAAUUCCCAAACCCAAUUGGAAGAAAGCAACAUCUUUGGCGACGAAAAUGAGGAAGAGAACGAGGAGGAAGGCUUUGGUGGAUUCAGGGGGUUUGGAGGGAUAGAAGACGAGGAAGAGGAUGAGGAUGAGGGUUUUGGUGGCUUAAGAGGGAAAGGAGAUGAAAAGGAUUAUGAUAGAGACCCUGAGUUUGCCGAUAUACUUGGCAGCUGUGUUGAUAACCCUCAAAAAGCUAAGUCCAAAAUUGAUGACAGGUUUAGAAAGAAAAGGAACAAAAUUUUGCAAACCAAGACUGGUUCUGGAAUACCCAUGAAAGUGACGUUCAACAAGUUUGAUUUUUCAAACUCGUAUAUAUGGUUUGAAUUCUACAAUUCCCCAUUGGAGAAAGAUGUGUCCUUGAUUUGUAAUACAAUUCGGUCUUGGCAUAUUGUUGGACGUCUUGGUGGAUGUAAUUCAAUGAAUAUGCAAUUGUCACAGUCGCCUAUGGACAAAAGACCAAGUUAUGAUGCAAUUCAAGGGGCAAAUGUAACACCAAGCACAUUUUAUAACAUAGGUGAUCUUGAGAUUCAAGAUAACUUAGCUCGCAUUUGGGUCGAUAUUGGGACGAGUGAACCACUACUCUUGGAUAUACUAAUCAAUGCAUUGACACAGAUAAGUUCUGACUAUAUAGGAAUUAAGCAAGUAGUAUUUGGUGGAUCUGAAUUUGAGGGGUGGAAAGAGAACUUGAAAUCGGAGGAUUUGGGCUACAAUGUACACAAGAUUUAGCCUUAUCAUAGAAUGUCCAUGCUAAGCAGAUGAGCAGAUGACUAGUGGAGAAUGGCAUCGUGCAGAGUGUCUAGCUUGGGGUGUGCUGCCGGUUAUUAUAAAGUCCCGUUUGUUUCGAGAGAUGCCACUGCAAGCACACAACCGGUUCAAGAAUUACAGAGUUAUGUCCUAGAGAGAUAGUCUACCCAAUUUCAUGAACUAGAACGUUAUGAUCUUUUCACUGUUGUAACAUGACUAUACUUGAAAAGUAGAAUAUUUUAAAACACCUGAGUGUUCAGUGUUAGCUAAGAA